UAUAUGCAAACAGUAUACAUCAUUAAGCCCUGCCUCUGGAGGAGCAGAUGGAGAGUUUACGCCAGAGCUGCUAAACUCGGAUGAAUGCCAGGCAAGUUGUAUUACAAAAUAAACAAGUUAUGAAGAUACACCACAUGAAACAUUAUCAGGUAUUAUGUAAUAAACACUACUAAAUGUGUUUACCACAGGACAACACUGAAAGCAGCACGACACCUCCAGAGCAUGAUCCAUCCAUUUGGAUAGAAUCUGAUGUCAUGACACCAUGCGAAUCUAUAAAUAGAUCACAUAAAAGAGUGACGUGAUGGCUCUAAAGUAGCCGAUUCAUCCUGCUAUGCUUAUACAGAGUGGAUUUUGAUAUUUACAUACGGUUCACUCUGUUUCUUUGUUGUGCCAGCCCAGUGAGGAAAAUAAUGCAGCAGGUACCUCCACACCUCUUCUGCUCAGUGGAAAAGAUCUACCUCAGACCGCCGUGCAUCCUCAUGCUACAAAUCAGAUUACAAUUGAUAACUUGGAUCGCAGUGUGACCCCUCAUACAAUAACAAUGAUCAACCAAAAAAAAAUGUACCAUUGGAUGAUAAUGGUUGGUAAUGAGGAGAGAGUCAGUGCAACUCAUCUGCCACAAGAAAACAGAAGGUCUGUGCUAGAAGUCCCACUAACAGACAUACUACCCAAUCAGAAUGACAAAGACCAUCUCAGGAAAGAAUUUGCUGAACUGAUAGGAAGAGUGUUGGUAUCCCACCUUCAAUGCCUCAGCCCAUUCAGAGACCUCCUUCAGUGGCACAUACCACAUGCAUUCUCGUCUGAAAUGACCAAAAAAACAGAUCUAACACCCCUUGGACUCUUUGAUGCGGAUGAAAAAAACAUAGCAGAUAUGAUAAAAGUCCUUGGUUACAUACAUGACAGAUAUGUCCCUUAUGUACCUACUGAUGUCAAUGGAAAUGUUAUGAAACCAGCUGUAAAAAUCAUCAUUACUGGAGAUCAGCUAACUAAACAAAAUGCUGAUGCUGCCCUCCGAUCAGUGGAGAAUGCAAACACACUACACGGUAGACUAAACGGCAUUGUCACUGCGAUCGCAGAUUUUCAUUGCAGUAUGAAUUUCACAGAUCUUAUUCUCAAAGAAUAUUAUAAGACCACAUCUAAUGCAGACAUGGGUACACUGCACCAACUACGGAACAUUAUUAACAGAAGAGAUGUUUCAGCAACUGCUCUAGGGGAUAAGUACAGAGCAAGCAACACAUUCAUCAGAGAUGUGACCAAUGCUUCCAUCAUUGCUGCUGCUAUGCACUACUUUUCAAUGGAGAAUACAAAAGACACACCGAAGACUCACCCUCCACCUGCAACCUUCCAGUCUGACUUGGAGAAGGGUAACUGGAUCCACACACAACUCUUAAAUAUAGUUGACAUGUUUGUCAUGAAUGACAACAUGGUACUGCCAGACCGAGGAACGGGAGAUGAAGAGGACACACAGGCUUACCCACAGGCCCAGAAUACACCUGUGAAGUGUGACUUUCAGGACUGCAGAAGUACAGCAUUUAAAGACCAUGCAGGGCUUACAAAACAUGUCAUUAAUUGUCACAACAUAUUCAUGGCUUACCAUGGAGAGAAGACGACCAGGGGAGUGGAGAGCCAGGGCAGGCAAUACACAGAUGGGAUCUUCAACUACCAUAGUGGGUUCCUUAAGCUAGCCUUACUGGAACAGGAUUUCCAGGACUCCAUUAAAGAAGGUGACGGACAAAGGACUGUCCGCCUCUGGAAAUACAAAAUGCUACACUUCAAACAAGCAGGUAGGAACAAAUACAGCCUAGAGGCACUCAAACUGCAGCUCGACGUCCAUGCCCUUCUGAGUCCAAGUGUAGCACAUCGGCUCACAUGGAACAGGACCAUAAAUGUUUGUGGUGGGGCUGGUAACAACAUUGCCUUAGAUCUGAACUGUGAACAUUUUGUGCGGCUCACAAAAGAUCUGAUGGCCAAACAAGGGGCAAAUAUGCAGUUCAACAUAGCCAAAGAAAUAAGUCGGACCAUUGGUGAGCUAACAGAGUUGAUGACCAACUUUGAUCAGGACUGUGAAAUCAAGCCAGAGUCAGGACUGCAUGCAGAACCGAACAAAGAGGCUGACAUCUCGGAAAUGGUGGCAGUUCUUCAAAACAACAAAGUGUUCAGAUUUACUCCAGGAAGAACAUACACCACAUUCAAAAAUACCACCCCCAAUCCGUUGCAACAGCUAAACGCUGCUGGGGUGCUGCAAUGGAUAAAUGAGCACAAAAAGAAAUUACAUUUGAAACAGGUAAAUGGCUGCUUUUAAUGAGACAAAUUAAACAGUAGGCCUACACAUAAAACACAUCUUAAAAGCUUUGUGCACCCUGUCCCCAAAGCCCCAACAGCUCCUUUUUCCCGACCUGAUUAAGGUCUAAACCCCACACCUAAAGAUGCACCUAUUGUUAACCUUGUUAUUUGUUAUUUAUUUAAUUAAUCUUUCGAUUACUUCAGGGACCCUGCACAUUUAUAUUUAUACUUAUAUUUAUAUUAUCCCUCAUAUUUCAUCAUACUUAUUUAUUUAUUUAUU